UUAUUGGCAUUGCCAUUGGUUUUAUUUACUCCUUCUUUGCUCUUCAGAACGAGUCAAAGACCAUCGAGCUAGUAGUUGUCGCUGAACAAGAGUGACGCGAAUGCUCUUUCUCGUUCUGCAGUUUUGUAAUUUUUGUAUGCCGGCGCCUGCUACAACCCUUUUGGUGUGAGGUGUUUUGCUGACAGCAUAGCUUUGAAAGGCAGAGGUUUCAUUGAAGGUUUCAAUCAGCCCUUAGUUCAAUGGCUACGAAUCAGCCUACGACCAUAAGCGCCAGUACCGCUGGCACCACUUGGACCACUGCUCAGCUUGGUAGUAACAGUGUCAGCUCCAGCAGUCGCUCCAGCUUCGAGCAUACUCCGCUGCCUGCUGUGACUAACAUGCGUGAUACAAAGCAAAUCGAACAUGGACUACAGCGUCUCCGUGAUGAGUUUCGUUCAGGAAAACUUGAAGCCUUUGGUGGUGAGUCUCGUCAAGCAAUGGACCGGGUCUGUCAAAUGCAACAGCAGCUGGCUUGGCAACAUCUUGAGCUUGACAGGCAAUUAGAUCACAGUCAGGCUGGAUCAUUGAAGUACGCUGAAGCAUCCAGCAAGGGUUUGGAUCACUUGAUGACACGGCUCACGGAUCUUGGCUCUGCUGUUCAAACACUACGCGAACAGCCAAGUAUGUCAAGUCGCAGCGGUUCGCCAGCAAAGAGCCAAGGAAGCGGACAAUCGGAGCAGACAGCCACCUUAGUGUAGAGCACGGUCAUUCGGACUGGUGUCUGAAGUGAAGCUGAACUGUAUACAAGUAUAAAUCAUUCACUCUGGUGGCUGGACUCUCCUCGGAUAUUGUAGAUAGCAUGUACUCGGAUAUUGUAGAUACACGUAGCAUGUGCAUGUAAUUCUGCUUUUCUGUGUCCUGGAAUAAUUUGUCAAUGCCUCUUGAGUCUGCAUUUUCUCCUACUGCACAAACAUGUACGGAUGACUGACCGGUGUUAAUGCAGCACAUGCAACUUCUAUAAUUGUUUGAUACCGAUAUUCCUCAAGCCAACCGACCAGAUAUAAACUUCCAUGGCGACUUCCCCUCAGUAUUUAAAUUAAAUGUAUUACUGGUACCUGUACUUUCAUUAUUCUUCAAGAUAAUUUGGUGCCAGCAUUGGAAAGGAGUCGUAGUAAAAAAAAACAAUUUCACUUGAA